GGGAAUGCUUGUCUUUCUCUCCAAGUCUUCCGAUAUUUCUUUGUACACAAAAUAGAAAGAGAGAGCAGGUCUAAAAUAAUUGCUACUCGAAAAUGGCGGCUCGGCGGAUUCUGUCUCUCCUCGCUGUGAAAAACCCCCAAAAUCACCUCCCCAGAGUAAUCUGCCGGGAUUUUCAUCCGUCGCCAAACUCAUUCUUUCGCAGCUAUGAACAGUAUACUAGAAGAUUUCAGACACUUGCAGAAGCCAGUAAUCCAGUGGUGGAGAACCCAGUGGAACGUGAAAGUUGCAGUCCAAACCCUGAUCCCGGCACAAGUGCAUGUAUCCCUGAUUCAGAAAAUAACAUGGCCACGAUAAUGCACCAAGUAAAUUCUAGCUUAAAGGUAUCUGAAAGACACGACCUCGUCAUGAUGUUCACAUGCAAAGUUUGUGAUACAAGAUCCAUCAAGACGGUUUGUCGCGAAUCAUAUGACAAAGGUGUGGUUGUUGCUAGAUGUGACGGUUGCAACAAUUUGCACCUGAUUGCUGAUCGAUUGGGAUGGUUUGGAGAGCCCGGCAGCGUUGAGGAGUUUUUGGCCGCCCGUGGAGAGGAAGUGAAAAAGGGAUCAGUUGAUACUUUGAAUCUCACUCUUGAGGAUCUUGCUGGGAGGAAAAAUGUUGAUAUCUGAAGUUUCAUAAUCUGAAAAUGUGGAAUGCCUACAUUGUUAGUUUGUUCUCUACCUACAUUGAGACAAUAUGGCUUUUGUCUUUGAGCUAUUGUAGUGGAGCUCGCAAUUAUCUUAUAUCAUGAAAGAUUGCAGUAAAA